AAAACCCGACAUAAAAUGAAAAACCAUAAAGACUAAUUCGCUUUUUUUCUUAUCACAGGCGGCGUGAAGAGCAUGAGUCGGGAGAGCGGAGCCGGAGCCGGCGGCGGAGUCGGCGUCGGCGGUGGAAAUAACACAACGUACACGCGGUCGGUGGUACCGCGCGAGCUAGCGCAAGACUUCCAGAGACCGCCGCGUCUCGACGUACUCCUCGACAUGCCGCCCGCCUCGCGGGACACCCAGGUCCAUCACAGCUGGAACGCCGAUGACCGUAGCCUAAAUAUAUUCGUCAAGGAGGACGACAAGUUGACGUUUCAUCGACACCCUGUCGCACAAAGUACAGAUUGCAUACGUGGGAAGGUAGGGUACACCAAGGGCAUGCACGUAUGGGAACUUUAUUGGAGCACGAGGCAACGGGGUACACACGCGGUGGUAGGAGUUGCCACCGCGGACGCGCCAUUGCACAGUGUUGGCUAUCAGAGUCUCGUAGGCAACAACGAACUUAGUUGGGGUUGGGAUCUUGGUAGGAACAAACUCUAUCACGACUCGAGAAACAAUACUGGCACUACGUAUCCCACGCUCCUGAAGCCCGACGAGACGUUCAUUGUUCCUGACAAGUUUCUGGUGGUUCUCGAUAUGGACGAAGGAACGUUAGCAUUCGUAGUUGAUGGUCAGUAUCUUGGAGUAGCCUUCAGGAACCUCAAGGGAAGGAAAUUGCAUCCCGUUGUGUCUGCCGUUUGGGGACAUUGCGAGAUCACAAUGAAAUACAUUGGCGGACUUGAUCCGGAGCCUCUGCCACUGAUGGAUCUUUGUCGAAGAGUGAUUCGGCAACGAAUCGGCAAGCACAGGCUGGAGGAGAAGAUCAACGAGCUGAACCUACCGCAAACGAUGAAGACUUAUCUUCUCUACCGGGACAGAAGGUAACCACCGAAUGAAUCUCCCCAAGAUGAUACGAUUACAACUGCGAACAUUAUAAACGUGAACAUGCUGCGACGUUGCCACUACGAAGAAAGAGGAGCGACCGUCCGCUAUCCCCUUGCAUGCCACCACCGAGGAGCACCGCGAGCACUUGGCCGCGCGUCUCCAUUAUUAAUUAAGCCCACGACGAUCGACAAAUUGACACGGGUCAUGCGACAACGCGCCGAGACACGCCUAGUACCUCGAGAGGGCACGCUAAGACAGCGACGCCGAGAUACCGUAUUGAUAACGACUCGUGGCACCCUCAUCAAGACGAGUCACGACGAACAAGGCAAUCCUCAUCGUGAUCAUUGUCGUCGUCGAUGAGUUCGGGAUGUGUACAGUACGGGAAGACGGAAGCGAAAACUUUAAGAGGAAACAUAUUUCUGAAAAUUUAGGGUGGACACCGUCUUGUCUCUUAUGUCGUGUACGAUUCUAUAUUCACGAUAGAAUUAAAUAUAUUUAUUGAUUAUUAUUAGAAUUAUAUUCGCUCUUCGAGGGGACGGAGGAGGCGCUUUCGCAUCGACAAAAACGCGUACGAUGUACAUCGUACCAUCUUUUUCUUCAGUAUCCAUCUUAGUACUGACGAUACACGCUGAUGAAUCGUGAUAGCUACAAUUUAUGCAAACUCGGAGACGCGCGGUUAGAGAUGGAAGAUGAUACAAAAAACACACGAAGAGACUAUAUACAGACACUUUGCAGUUGGCCAGUAAACAAAAAUUAGACUUAAUCAAGCCUGGAGGCUGAUAGGGACGUGUCGUUCGUUAACAAUUGAUCGAAAGUGGACAGCGGGCAUCGAAUAAGCCGUUUGAUGCUUCAAUCCAGCCGCAGCAGAAGAUUGAUGGAGCAACAAGAGAAAAUAAAAAAAGGAAGGAAGAUACAUGAAGAUACGAGAAAGGGAAAAGAAAAUAUGAAAAUUUUUUUCUAGGAUGAGGAACUAUGCGAGAUACUCAGCGAGAAAUGUGACUUCGAUCGCACGAUUAAACGUGGACGAUUAAUUCAAUUUUAAAGAAGUGUGUAUAGUGAAGGAUAUAUAUACAUAUA